GCAUUCCAUUUGACCUGAGCGCGAGAGGGAAGCAAAUGCAUAGCUGUGGUUCACGAAUAGCGAACAAGAUUAGACGGCUCUCCGAAGCUCAGGAUGGUGAGUCUCUUCACCAUAUACUCUUGAUUCAGGAGGAAAUACGAACUUCUCUUUUACCAGUGUUUGAAUCCGCUGCACUAUCUGAGCGUCUCUUUCGCUUGAGGGGGAACUGAAAUGAAGGCAGAAGGCAACUCGUGUGUGAAUUACUAUUGGAUACAGUGAAGUCAAGGACGUUCAGUACAUGGCUUUUCCUUCGGUGUACUACCAUAAAGCUUAGGGCCACCGUAGUUAUUUGGUCAAGGAAAUGUGAGGACUUGGAUGCAGCUCGAGACUGAUGAUGAGUUGUCCCUAAUUCCCGUUUUACAUGAAGUCGUUAAACUAUCAAACGGCCUCAAGACAAAGGAAAGGAAACGGUCUCAAUUAAUUGUUGGCUACAUUGUAACAUUUCAAGCUGGUAUUAAAUGCCACCCUGUAUUGUAUUUCUAUGUCUGCUGAGUAUAGGAAUAAGCACGCGCUCUUGAAAAACAGAGGGAAUGGGCCAAUGAACUUUGAUUUUGGGCACCACCAGCAGUGAAUUGACGAGCCACACAUAGAAGCCCCCCAGUCCCUCCCACCUCCAGCCCCCUCCCCUCCCCUCCUUUUGACCCCUCUCCCCCACCCCAGACUCACCAUGCUGAUCAAGGAGUAUCGGAUCCCAAUGCCAAUGAGCGUGGACGAGUACCGCAUCGCCCAGCUCUACAUGAUCCAGAAAAAGAGCCGGGAUGAGACCUGUGGCGAGGGCAGCGGAGUAGAGAUCCUGGAGAACAAGCCGUACGAUGACGGCCCAGGAGGAGUCGGCCAGUACACCCACAAGGUUUACCACAUCGGCAUGCACAUCCCCAGCUGGUUCCGCUCCAUCCUGCCCAAGGCAGCGCUCCGGGUGGAGGAGGAGUCCUGGAACGCCUACCCCUACACCCGCACAAGGUACACCUGUCCCUUUGUUGAGAAGUUCUCCAUUGACAUUGAGACGUACUACAAGCCAGACACAGGGAACCAGCCAGACGUCUUCAACAUGUCCCCAGUCGAGAAGAGGCUAAGGACUCUGGACCCCAUCGACAUUGUCAAAGAUCCCAUCCCCCCACAUGAGUACAUGCAAGAGGAGGACCCUCGGAUCUACAGGUCAGACAAGACCAAGAGAGGCCCUCUGCAGGAGGACUGGAUCGAGGAGUACAACAACAACCCGGGGAAGACACCCAUCAUGUGUGCUUACAAACUGUGCAAGGUGGAGUUCCGCUACUGGGGCAUGCAGUCCAAGAUCGAGCGCUUCAUCCAUGAUGUAGGGCUGAGGAAGGUGAUGGUGCGGGCCCACCGGCAGGCCUGGUGCUGGCAGGAUGAGUGGUAUGGCCUGACCAUUGAGGACAUCAGACAGCUGGAGCUUGAGACCCAGCUGGCCCUGGCCCAGAAGAUGGCCCAGUUCAGCCAGGCAGAGGAGGCCACUGAGGCCAAUGGUGCUGCUUCAUCCCCAGACAAGAACCAGGAGGCCAAAGAUACCAUUAGCUCCUUAGAAACUGAGGUGGUCAGUGCAGGGGGCGGGGGAGACACUCUCCAAACAAAACGAGCAGGGCUCACCAAGCAGUGGUCCACCUCCUCCAGAUCCUCCCGUUCAUCCAAGAGAGGAGCGAGCCCAUCACGCCACAGCCUCUCUGAAUGGAGGAUGCAGAGCAUCGCACGAGACUCCGAGGACAGCUCAGAAGAGGAGUUCUUUGAUGCUCACGAGGACUUGUCAGAUGAUGAACAGGUUUUCCCCAAGGAGAUCGCCAAGUGGAACUCCAAUGACCUCAUGGACAAGAUUGAGGCGGCUGACGCAGAAGACAACCCUGGAGAGCUGUACAAGGAUAUGGCAGGGGACUAUGAGAGGGCAGCCAGCGAGGAGAGACUAGAUGAGGACCUGUCCUCCCAGGAAUGUCUGCAGCCUUCUAAGAUUCAUGUGCUGAUCCUGGUGUUACAUGGGGGCAACAUCCUGGACACGGGCGGAGGGGACCAGACCAGUAAGCAAGGCGACAUCAACACUAUCAGCACGGCCUUUGACGCAGUGAUGCGCGUGCACUAUCCCACUGCGCUGGGCCGCAUCGCCAUCCGUCUGGUUCCCUGUCCCGCCAUCUGCGCUGAGGCCUUCUCCCUGGUGACCAAUCUCAGCCCAUACAGUUAUGAUGAGAGCUGUCUGUCUAGCAGUCAGGACCACAUCCCCCUGGCUGCCCUGCCUCUGCUGGCCACCUCCGCCCCCCAGUACCAGGAGGCUGUGGCCACCGUCAUCAUGAGAGCCAACCAGGUGUACAAUGACUUCAUCAGGUCCCUGAACGGGGCAACCUUCUCUGGCCAGGUGUGCCUGAUUGGGGACUGUGUGGGAGGGAUCCUGGGGUUUGACGCAUUGUGCAGCAGCAACCAAACUAUUGGUGACAGCCAGAACAGCAGCCGCAGGGGCAGUGUAAUCAGCGUACAGGACCAGGACCUCCUCUCCCCAGGCAUCAUCAUAAACAGUGGGCAUGGCUCUGCCUCUCCCACUCUGGAGGGCAGCCGCCACCUGAGCCUCAGCAACAUCGACAUCCCCCGCUCAGGAGGACCAGACGACUCCAAGAGACAGCAGCCGCGCAAAAGGAGUGGCGACUCCACAUACGAGCUGGACACCAUCAAACACCACCAGGCCUUCCUGACGAGCCUCCACUCCAGUGUCCUGCGGACUGACCCGUGCUCCCGCAGGUCCAGCAGCAGCACCUUCCAGGAUGCAGGCUGUCUGGGGAGGUUUGACUUUGAGGUGGCAGACUUCUUCCUCUUCGGCUCUCCUCUGGGCCUUGUCCUUGCCCUGAGGAAGACUGUCAUUCCUGUGCUGGAUGUGGCCCAGCUGCGCCCAGCUUGCCAGCAGGUCUACAACCUGUUCCAUCCAGCCGACCCCUCGGCCUCGCGCCUGGAGCCCCUCCUGGAGAAGAAGUUCCACCUCCUGCCCCCCUUCAACGUACCCCGCUACACACGCUUCCCCCUGGGGGACGGCAACUCCGCUCUACUGGUGGAGACAGUCCAGAGCAACCCUCAGCUCCUGCUCGAUAGUGGGACCCCCCUCUCUUUCCGCUGUCAGGAACCUAUCAGCGAGACCUGCUUCCCUGUGCCCGUGCUAAACUGGCAGGAGGGCUCCCUCAAGGCCACACCUGCUGUUCUAGAGUCGGAUGUUGUUCAGUCUCAUGGUGGUGUCUUCAUGGACAGUUCGUACCCCUCCUCCCCCGUUACGGGCCCCCACUGCCGGGGCCUGCGCAGGGCCAGUGAGGUCAGCAUUGCCAGCCAGGUUUCAGGAAUGGCAGACAGUUACACUGCCACCAACAUAGCCAACACACAACCAUGCCAAAUUAACCAAACCAAAAAACUCAGCCUUUUGUCCCAAAUCGCCCUGACAUCACAAACCAAAUUAUCCCUGAGAAGCCCCCCUAAAUCCCAUAGAAAAGAAAGGACUGAUCCAGUCCGAGGAUCUACUGACACAGACAACGGGUCACAACCAGACCCAGAGGCAGACCCAGACGCUAACAGAGGUGUAAGCCCCUGUGGCUCUGGUCAGUUAGAGAGACACCUGUCAGCUGGCCUGGAUUAUACCAUAUAUGACCUGGUCUCCCUGGACUCCCAGGCAGAGGUGGAUCAAGUCGCAGCCCGUUGGUGGGGAACCAAGCGUAUGGACUUUGCCUUGUACUGCCCUGAUGCCCUGACAGCCUUCCCCACGGUGGCACUACCGCACCUCUUCCAUGCAUCCUACUGGGAGUCCACGGAUGUAGUGUCCUUCCUGCUGCGACAGGUGAUGAGGCAUGAAAACUCCAGCAUACUGGAGCUGGAUGGUAAGGAGGUGUCAGAGUUCACUCCAUCCAAACCUCGGGAGAAGUGGCUCAGGAAGAGAACCCACGUCAAGAUCAGGAAUGUGACAGCCAAUCAUCGUGUGAACGAUGCAGUGUUCACAGAAGAUGGGCAGCAGAUUGUGACUGGCCGCUUCAUGUACGGACCUCUUGACAUGGUCACAUUGACAGGGGAGAAGGUGGACAUCCACAUCAUGACCCAGCCCCCAUCUGGAGACUGGGUGUACUUUGACACGGAGCUAACCAACAGCAGCGGCCGCGUGUACUUCAUCAUCCCAGAGAGCAAACGGCUGGGGGUUGGUGUCUAUCCGGUCAAACUGGUGGUCAGGGGGGACCACACAUUUGCAGACAGCUACCUGACAGUGCUUCCCCGUGGGACAGAGUUUGUGGUGUUCAGUAUAGACGGCUCAUUUGCUGCCAGUGUGUCCAUCAUGGGAAGCGACCCCAAAGUGCGCGCCGGAGCAGUCGACGUGGUCAGGCACUGGCAGGACCUGGGCUAUCUGAUCGUCUAUGUGACAGGGCGUCCAGACAUGCAGAAGCAGAGAGUGGUGGCCUGGCUGUCUCAGCAUAACUUUCCCCAUGGCAUCGUGUCCUUCUGUGACGGCCUGGUCCACGACCCACUCAGACACAAGGCCAACUUCCUCAAGUCACUCAUGGAGGCUCACAUGAAGAUCUUUGCUGGCUACGGUUCUACCAAAGACAUUUCCGUCUACACCUCCAUCGGCCUCUCUCCCUCCCAGAUCUACAUCAUUGGCCGACCCUCCAAGAAGAUGCAAGCUCAGUGCCAGUUCAUUACUGAGGGCUAUGCGACCCACCUCUCUCAGCUGGAGUACAACCAGCGCUCCCGGCCACCAAAGACCAGCAGUGCCCGCAUGGUCCUACGGAAAGGCAGCUUUGGUCUGGGUGCAAAAAGCGACUUUCUGCGGAAGCGGAACCACCUGCUGCGCACCAUUUCCGCCCACCCGGCCUCCAGCUCGUCCACCGGCAGCGGCCACAGCAGACCAGAGCGCACACAGAGCCAGUCAGACAGCCACAGCCACAGCCAGCACGGACCGGGACCAGCCCAGCGCAGCAUGAGCAUGGCAGCAGGCUGUUGGGGCCGCAGUGGCAGCACAAAGCUGGAACCUGGGAUUUUCAACCCAAAGUAGGGUUAGAGAGGGAGGAUAAGGAGAGUGUGUAAUGUUAGAGAAGAAGAGGAUGAAAAUGAGAAAGGAGGGAAAGCCUGCAAAAUAAUAAAAUAAAUACAAAUUGAGAUGACAAGUAAUUUCAAGAUGGGAGAGAUGCUGAAAGUAGGCUUUCAAGGCUCUAUAUAUAGACAGGAAGUAGAAUGAGAGAAUACAGCAUUGAAAACCUUAGGUGCUACGAACCAGUCUUUGUAAAGCGACACCAUCAACAUACCUGAAUCAACAAAAAUAUACGGUCAGAGGCUCUUUUUACUUCAAACAGUGAUACAAUGGAGAAAAGCCUUUAAAGAAGCAUCUUAUUUAAGCAAAGAACAUGCAUGCACAACACACAAACCAUUGGCCAACAAUAGCAAAAGUUGCUACAGAAAAAGUUGCAUAUUGUUUAAGUGUUUAUUUAUCAAUGUCUGUAAUACCAUAUCAAUAUACAUAGUGUGUGUCCUGGACUGGGGCUUCAGAGUGGAGCUGGUUCCAUUCUCUGGUAAUUCAGCGCCCCCAUGCUGCACGUUUGGGUUAAGUCCUGAUAGAUCAAUGUUCCCCAUCUUCCACCCUGGGCUAUACAGGUGUGUUUUAUCCUCCUUGCACCAUGGCAGUCUACAGUCUCCCAGAACCACACAAAUACAGCCAAUAUAGAAUCAUGGCAUUUCUUCAGAUACUGCAAUACUCCCAGGUUUGUGUACCAAUUGCUCUUUGGUUACAGUUGAGAACCCAAUUAUUGUCUGUGCUAUCAUACAGAAUGUUACAUUAGCUAUAGGCCACUGCAAUCAUUGCCUACACAACAGGUAUAUUUAUAGAUAUCACUUUCAGGGCAAACUUGUAUUACUGUAAGGUGAUGUGCCAAAGUAGGCCGUAUGAAAUUGUAUACUAUAUGUGAAGGGAUAAGCUGAAUCCAAGAUGUCCUUUGAGACAGGCUGAAACUGCUCUGUGGUCCUCGUUUGGGAUGAUUGAUUGUAUAGUUGAAGAUGAUCAAGGCUUGUCUAUAAUAUUGUUUGUUGAGCUGGGGUCAGGUCUACCAAGGGGCCAUUAUCUAGUAUCCUCUUCACACGGAGGAGAUUCACAUUCAGGAUACAGUUUUUAAUUAUUUUUAGAUAGAUAUAAAUGUGUGUAUAUAUACUUUUUUUUGUGAACUUAAGUGUUUUAGUUCUGUUAACUACAGUGUUUCAUUUUCUAGGUUGUUUUCUCAAGCAAUCAUUCGCAGCAGCCAAUACACAGCAGAGGUAUUUGCCUUGCACAGUAUUGUAUUUCUACCAGAUUGACUGAUCAUGCAAAUCACAAGACUUGUAUUAAUGUAUCUGCUAUUAUUACAGUGCAUUCGGAAACUAUUCAGACCCCUUGACUUUUGCCACAUUUUGUUAUUCUAAAAUGGAUCAAAUUACUGAAAUUAAUUUUCUCAUCAAUCUACACACACCAUAAUGACAAAGUGAAAACAGGUUUUUAGAAAUGUUUGCAAAUGUAAAGGACAUAAGUAUUCAGACCCUUUGCUGUCAGCUCAGGUGCAUCCUUUUUCCAUUGCUUAUCCUUGAGAUGUUUCUACAACUUGAUUGGAGCCCACCUGUAAAUUCAAUUGAUUGGACAUGAUUUGGAAAGGCACAUAUAUAAGUUCCCACAGUGCAAAAACCAAGCCAUGAGGUCGAAGGAAUUGUUUGUAGAGCUCCGAGAUAGGAUUGUGUCGAGGCACAGAUCUGGGGAAAGGGUACCAAAAAAUGUCUGCAGCAUUGAAGGUCCCCAAGAACACAGUGGUGCUCCACCAAUCAGGCCUUUAUGGUAGAGUGGCCAGACGGAAGCCACUCCUCAGUAAAAAGCACAGGACAGCCUGCUUGGAGUUUGACUAAAGGCACCUAAAGGACUCUCAGACCAUGAGAAACAAGAUUCCCUGGUCUGAUGAAACCAAUAUUGAACUCUUUGGCCUGAAUGCCAAAGGUCACAUCUGGAGGAAUCCUGGCACCAUCCUUACGGUGAAGCAUGGUGGUGGCAGCAUCAUGCUGUGGAGAUGUUUUUCAGCGGCAGGGACUGGGAAACUAGUCAGGAUCGAGGGAAAGCUGAACGGAGCAAAGUACAGAGAGAUCCUUGAUGAAAACCUGCUCCAGAGCGCUCAGGACCUCAGAUUCGGGUGAAGGUUAACCUUCCAACAGGAGAGACCUGGGGUUAGAGCAUUGGACUAGUAACCGGAAGGUUGCAAGUUCAAACCCCCGAGCUGACAAGGUACAAAUCUGUCGUUCUGCCCCUGAACAGGCAGUUAACCCACUGUUCCUAGGCCGUCAUUGAAAAUAAGAAUUUGUUCUUAACUGACUUGCCUAGUAAAAUAAAGGUAAAAAAAUAAAAUAAAAAAUAGCUGUGCAGCAACGCUCCCCAUCCAACCUGACAGAGCUUGAGAGGAUCUGCAGAGAAGAAUGGGAGAAACUCCCCAAAUACAGGUGUGCCAAGCGUGUAGUGCCAUACCCAAGAAGACUCAAGGCUGUAAUCACUGCCAAAGGAGCUUUAACAAAGUACUGAGUAAAGGGUCUGAAUACUUGUAAAUAAUGUACAUUUUAUAUUUGUUUUUUUUAUUUGCACACAACUUGUUUAUGCUUUGUUUUUGCAGGAUAUGUGUGUAGAUUGAUGACGGGGAAAAAAAACAUUUAAUCAAUUUUAGAAUAAGGCCGUAACGUAACAAUGUGUAAAAAGUCAAGGGGUCUGAAUACUUUCCGAAAGCACUGUACGAUAUAUUUAGAAAAUAUGAAAUACAAUCACUUCCUAAGCUGUAAAUAAGGCACUGAAUGAUUAUGCACAUAGACAAUACUAUUUAGGUUCAAUUGGAAGUCAUUUGUUGAAGCCUCCGAUGAACAAUGUGUAGAUAAUGUAAAAAAUAUUAUUUGGAAAGUAGCAACACAGAGUUCAGAUUUGUUCAAUAAUGUUGAUUAAUAAUUUAAGAUGAUUGACCGUCAGUUUAUCAUUCAAAUGAUUUGUACUACCUUGUUUCAAACCUGUGUAGAACUAUAACAGUAAUCGACCAAUGAGAAUUGAAAUGUUAGUGAAAAGGUUCAAUAUUACCCACACGCAUGCCACAGCAGCAGAUCCACCAUAGAGAAAGAAUUCCACAAUGCAUCGACAAUCAGUUAAGCAGGCACAUGCAGAAGUAGACAAACAGAAUGUCUUGGUGCCGUGUAAUUUGAGACAUACGGGUAUAAACAUGAUCAUAGAAAAUUGUUUUGACAAAUGGCAUCUUGGUUGAACUGUUAUUACAUUGCUUACGUGAUCCUGGGAAAAUAAGGAAGACUGUGUGAGGGAUAUAUGGGGAGGGAGGACCAUCAUGGUGAAGUGGGGUCGUCUCCAUCUAAACAGAUUGCUCUGGUAGGGAAUGAAUGAGGCACCAGACUGUCUAUAGCCCUAUUUAUACUGCUGUAUUUACACAGGCAGACUCAUUCUGAUCUUUUGGCCAAUUAAGGGAAAUAGAGCUGAUCUAAUUGGUCAAAAGACCAAAUUGUAAAAAAAAGAUCAGAAGUGGGCUGCCUGUGCGAACACAGCCAACCUGGCACUAACAUUCACACUUUGUCCUGAUCUUGUUCACAUUCUGAUUGUCAUCAGACCUUCCACAUUGUGUCUGAAUAUCAAUCAAGGGUAAACAGAUAUGGAUGAUCAAAUCAUCGUUAUAACGGCCUCAAAUUAUUGACAGGUAGCACGGUUGAUUUAUGGCAUCAGUAAUUGUCUUAAAAUAAAUAAAUAAAUAUUUUUGAAAGAAUAGCUGUCAAAUAUUUUGCAUACAGGGAGGCACCAGCUAAUCUGUUCACAAUGCGAACACAGUGGCAGGAUGAGGCACUUUGGCUGCGUUUAGACAGGCAGCCCAAUUCAACAACAACAAAAAAUCCACUAAUUAGUCUUUUGACCAAUGACAUCAGAUCGUUUUCUUAUGUGAUUGGUCAAAAGACCAAUUAGAUGAAAAAAAUAUCAGAAUUGGGCUGCCUGUGUAAAUGAAGCCAUUGAUGGGAUUCAAUUAUUUGGCCAGGUUUACCCCCAGUGGGAGGAGUUUGCAGUCUGCUCAAAACAGAAGUGAUGUAGCCUAGGCUAGAUAAGGCACGUGAAGUAAUGAGUAGGAUUCUGUGUUUUCGCAUGCAAAAGUGAUUGCUUUGUGAUUGUGAUUGCCUAUCCAAUGAAAACUAGUUUGAAAAGUUGAACAUAUAUUUUAGGAAAAAGAGCUGUAUGUUUCUAGAUGAUACAGCAUGCUUCCUUGUUGAAAACAUGGCCGAGCUGCGCAGAUUACUGUUCAAUUUUUAGAAGGGCGCUCCUCCCUCGUCGCUUUUGCCCGUUCACUUCACGAGCCAUAGACCAGUGCACCGAAGCUCAGGUUAACAGAACUCCCUCAUUGUAAUACAAUAUCUAGAAGCGACACACCUUGAUCAGAUAGUGAUUGGAUCAUAUUGAUCAAAUCAUAAAACUCGCAUGUUAGCACAAGGUUUGAACGAAGCUAUUGUGAACCCAAUGUUCUAGAAUCCUUAGAUAACCACCAAUUAAUCUCAUACAUAUAUGAGAUCAUGCUAUUCCUGUUCAAUUUCUGGCUAUAGGCACAUUCCAGAGGGACUCAAAGCAUUGCUCCAAAUACAGAAACAUGCAACAGGCGUGGUAAAUAUGCAGUCAGUUGAGCUGGAGGGGCUUGUGUGGUAAAGGAAUGCAGUUGUAACUGAUACUGCAGCAUGCUUCAAGUCACUGUUCAUAUGAUAUGGUUACCUUUUCUUUAAGUAGCACAUAACUCUAAGGGCAACCCACAUGGAUUUCUCUGUAGAUAACACUGAGUCUUUCUGUGCAUCCUGACAGUGAAAUUGGAUAAGACAGUUUAGCACAUCCAGCUAAAAGAAAACAUGCACCCUUCUAACAAUUAUUACAUGGCUGUUCUUUAAAGCAUCAUCCUGCUCCAGAGAUACUGUAUCAGUCAACUGGACAUUGACACCUGGAGAAUGUAAAGGUAGAUCUGUGAAAUCAUCAGUUAAACUCAAGACACUACACAAAAACAAUCCCCAUAGUGUUCCUACUGGCAAAUGCAGAUAUUACCACAGGCCUUACAGUACAUUUCCCUUUUUGCCUUAAAUUUGCUGUUUCCCUGUUCUGACUCAUGCCUCUGGAAUAAUCCUCCAGUAGAAUUUGUUGUAUGGUCACUGACAAUGACCAUUAUUUACCAAUGAGACGUUGGUAUGAUUUUUAUGUCUGGUUGGUUGUAUCGACAGGGAAAUAGUAUAAAUGUACAUAGGAAUAUAUUACAAAUAAAACUACUUGCACCCGUA